GGAAGUUGAUUUCAACACAGUGGGUUUUGUGUUGGCUGACUUUUGUGAAAUAUUGCGCAGCAGAAAUGUCUAGGCGUCGACGGAAUUCCUUUAGCGACGAUGAGGAAGACAGUCCUGGAUAUGGUCGUAAGAGACGCCGUACCUCAGAAAUCUUGGAUAUCGAAGAGCGUCUAGAGUCCCUUAUAACAAGAGUUGGAGAGAAGAGUACCUCCUCUCUGGAGAGCAAUUUGGAGGGACUGGCCAGUGUUUUGGAGGCAGAUCUUCCAAAUUACAAGCCAAAGAUUUUGAGGAUUCUAUGUGAAUGUGUAACCAAACUGCCAGAAAAGUUGACGGUAUAUACUACACUGGUCGGGUUGCUGAAUGCAAAAAAUUACAACUGUGGUGGAGAGUUUGUGGAGCUCUUGGUGAGAAACCUGAAGGAAGCUCUGAAGACCGGGGACUUUGAUGGAGCAAGAAUAAUGGUACGUUUUCUCUCAGACCUCGUCAACUGCCAUGUUAUCGUAGCUGGCUCUCUUCUCGCACUUUUCGACAACUUUGUGGAGGUGACAUUGGAAGACAGUAUACCACAGGUACGAUCUGACUGGUACACCUAUGCCGUGUUGUCAGCAUUACCUUGGGUUGGCAGAGAGCUUUUUGAGAAGAAAGAAGCAGAACUAAAUAAGUUAUUAGCAACAAUAGAAAGCUAUGUGACGAAGCGACAGAAGAUCCACUUGCCCGCUCUGAAAGUGUGGCAGGAAGAUACCCCCCAUCCUCAGGAAGAGUACCUGGACUCACUGUGGGCGCAAAUCACCAACCUGCGGAACAACAAGUGGCUGGAGAAGCAGGUCUUGCGACCGUACCUGGCGUUCGACAGCGUGCUCAGUGAGGCAUUACAGCACACCUUACCUCAGAUCAUUCCCCCGGGGCACCAUGAGGAUGUCCAGUACCCUCUCCCCAGUGUCGUCUUCAGGCUGUUCGAUUACACAGAUGUGCCAGAGGGUCCAGUCUUGCCCGGAGCACAUGCUAUAGAGAGAUAUCUGAUAGAGGAACAGCUCCAUCGUAUCAUCCACACCAAUCAUUUGGAAAGGAAAGAUUGUGCGGCAGCUCUCCUAAGUUUUCCUACAAAGAAUAAAUUCCCGCUCAACUAUAUGAUUGUUGAGGUCAUGUUUGGCCAGCUCUUCCAGAUACCCCGCCCCCCAUACCUGGAGAUAUUCUACGGUUCAACAUUGAUAGAGCUGUGCAAACUCCAACCUGGCUCUAUGCCACAAGUUUUGGCACAAGCUGUAGAGAUGCUGUUUGCCAGACUAGAUUCAAUGAACACAGCAAGUAUGGAAAGGUUCUGCACAUGGUUUGCCUAUCACUUGAGUAACUUUCAGUUUCGCUGGAGCUGGGAAGACUGGACUAUAGCAACACAGUUAGACCCAGAGUUACCAAAACCCAAGUUUGUCCGAGAAGUCUUACAUCGUUGUCUGAGGUUAUCUUAUCAUCAGAGACUGGUAGACACCUGUCCAGAGAGCUUCUCCAGCCUUCUGCCCAUCAAGCCUGCAGCAUUUUACAAGUACGACAGAGAGGGUGCAGGAGAGUUACCUGGCACGAUGGUGGCUCACAAACUCAUGCAGGCCAUCAAAUCCAAAUGUUCUCCGGAGGAAGCAGCUGAAAUACUGAAGGAAUUACCCAACCCAUUAGCAGAGGAAGAACAUGAGCCGUCCCAUCAUCCGCUGAAGAUUGAUGUUUUUGUGUCCACGUUACUUCAUUUGGCUCAGAAGUCCUUCAGUCAUUCCUUCGCAGCUAUAGCCAAAUUUCACUUUCUGCUGAAAAGUCUGGCGGAAUCAGAAGAUGGUCAAAUCUGCAUUUUAAAAACAAUGUUUGAAGUUUGGGAAACUCAUCCACAGAUGAUGGUGGUGUUGGUGGACAAAAUGCUGAAGACACAGAUUGUGGAAUGUUCUGCUGUGGCUAAUUGGCUAUUCUCAAAUGAAAUGCAGCCACAGUUUACCAGGUUCUAUGUGUGGGAGAUCAUGCACAGCACAAUUAAGAAGAUGAGCCGUCAUGUGGAGAAGUUACAGGCUGAGGUGGAUGAUGCCCGGGACAGGCUAGAAGUGGCCCAGAGGAGGGGAGAGGACAUGGAGUACCGUGAUGCAGACAUGCCCACAGAGGAGAUGAUAGAAAGGAUGGAGGAGAGACUGGAGACAGCGCAGACAGAGCAGAAGGGACUCUUCCUCAUCAUCUUCCAGCGAUUCAUCAUCAUCUUGACGAAUCACCUGGCUCGCUGUGAGGGGGAGGGGAUUGAUUACAACACACCCUGGUACAAGUGGGUUAGUGAGAGACUCCAGCAAAUCUUCUUACAGCACCAUGAGCUUGUGUUCAAGUACAUCAGCACUUUGGAGACGUUGUUGUUUACCAGUGAUAUAGACAUUCACAUCCUGAUAACCUUCCAACAGUUCUGUGCCCUUAGAUCUUGAGUCAACCACCAGGGGACACACACAUGAAAAGGAGGAAAACAGUUGUCCAGCAAAACUUUACCUGAGCUUAACUAGCAGUGUUUUGAUGUUGUUCAAUAAAAAGUUAAAGAGGGCAUUUUAGCUGUGACAUUGUGAUUUUUUUCUACAUGUAAGUGCUUGUAAACCAUUGGUAAUGUUAGAUGGAAAUUUCUUUGUUUUGCCCGUGUUUGCCCACAGCAUGUUGUAGCCCAAAUCAUAGAGCACUAUAAAGGGAAAGAAUCAACAAAAUAUGAUGUGUCAAAAUGCAUGUUGAAAGUGACCUGCACAUGUUGAAUGAAUUUCUGGAAAAAAUCACAUGAAAGUCUUAUUAGAAGUCUUAAGAGAUCGUUGCUUUUUUGAUUUCAUGCAUCAGGUUUAUCUCUGAACUAAUUUUGCAUAUCCCAUACCCAACUAAGUCUUAAUAUUUUUCUUUACAUCAACAGGUUCGUGUUGCAGUAUUUGCAUUGUGGAAGCUACAUGUAGAGUACAAUGUAAGGGUGCUAAUUGCUGCACACCACCUUCUGAUUUAGAAAGACAGGUUGUAGUUAGGUCUACUAGUUAUAGUUUCAAUUCUCCUUCAUAAGUACGUGUCAUACAGGAAAUUUUGAGUGUGUGGAGUAUGGACCCUAGUUGUUAACUUCGAAGAGAGCUGUACUCUUACUAUCAGUAUGAAUUUAGUCUGCAUGAAAAGUUCAGGCUUGAUUUUACAUAGUAACUGCAGAGGAGAAAUAUGAUUAUAAUGUUAAAUGUUUUAUCAAAAAAAAAAAUUCUUCUGUUAGACUUAAAACGUAUGCAGUACAUGUACGAGUCUUCACAGUUGCAUGCUUGACCAUACAUGAAGGCGGAACAUAUGAAGACACUGCUUAAACGUUAUGUGUUUAUCCAUAGGCACAUCAGAUAAUUUUCCUUUGAUGUUGUAUCAAUUUAAUCUACAUGGAAAUGUAUGUGUCAUGCUUGAGUGUAUAUGAUAAUUGCAGAAAAUAUGAAGAUAAAUUACUUCAAAAUGUGUAUCAGUCAGCAGAAUUAAUUUUCUCCUGUUUUUCCUUGUAAUUAAGAUUAUUAACACUACUGAUGUCAAGAUUUUCUUGUGAUGGUACACUGUGGAGUACAUGUAUAUUUCAUGAGCUCAGUAUGUAUUUUUGCGGACGUGGCUAUAUGUAUUUGUUCAGUUUCAAAUUUCAAAGAUUUCAGAUGAAGUUUCAUACAUAGCCAUACUGGUAAGAAGUGGUAUCAAAGUCAAAAUGAUAAUUAAAUGAAACUGUAAAUGUUGUGGAAUAUCAUUUCCAAAAUAAACAUUUUAUUUGUAGAAAAAAAAAAAGAGAACAUUUUGCCAGUGUUGGGUCUUUAAAUCUGUUCAAAUGGAAGUGACACAAUGGAAAAUAAAGAACAAGAAACCUUUUAU